AUGGCUAAAGAAGAGUAUAUUGGUGCAUCUACAUCAGCAACACAGCAUGUUGGAUAUCUAGGAGGACCGUAUAAUACCUAUAUUUUGGUUAAGUAUGAACAUCAUAUUGCUAGAUAUAUAUGGUUCACUGAGGAGAGAGGUCCGAAGACAGAGUUAAAGGUAGUAGGACAUGGGUUGAAGCUAACUCAGAGGGUUCUACUGUAG